GCAAAAUCCUUACAGUAGCAUUCCCUGCGUUUCUCUACAAGAUUUUUACAACACUUCUGGAGACUGGCUGGUACAGGCCUUGUACUAAUUGUCUGUCGGAAUCGCUGCAACGAUCAUCAGCAGUAAAAAAGGGCAGGCAUGAAGGGAGUUCGUGGGAUCUUCCGGGGCUCCAAGAGCAAUCGUGAAUCCGAUACCGCGCUCCCCUCCGCAUCCUCACAACAGGGUGAGCCGCUGGGAUCUGAUUUGAUUGUUGGAGUUGCACCGCCUUCCACGGCUCGUGGUGAAGCUACCGCCUUGGGGUCUCCGCAAGCCAGUGAAUUUCGCACUUAUCGCACUCCCGAUCGAGCCUUUUCGGCGGAUCGACCUUCGUACAAGGAGGGCACGCCCAAAAUACGUGAAGCAAUCGCUGAAAAUUACGACGACGAUGGACGGGAAUCAGAAUCAGAUUCCGAACGUGUCGGAGCUUCCGCUGCGGAUGUCAACGAUGAUCGUAACGCCAACCUCACCCAGUCAACGAUCAAAUCCAAACACAUUGCAACUUCGGCUGGCACCCGCCGCUUACAGCGUAUCAUGAACAAGCCAAGUACGGCGUCGGCUGCUUCGGAGAAUACCGGAUCGUCUUCAAAGGAUCCUAAAAGGUCGGUCUCGGCUAUUGCGAAAGAACGCGUCGGUAAUGUGCGCAACGUGGAAGAAGUCGCAAAGUUUGCGGCACGCGUUGUUCUGCCUCCGUUCAGGGUGGAUGCCGCCAGUAUCGGCGGAUCCCUACUGGAAACGUAUCCUACUUCGAUGCAACAAGAAUGUCUUUUGUGCAUGUCAGCUCAGUUUGAAAGUACCGGUGGCGAAGGAAUCGCAAUGUCUGCUUUACAGUAUCCGGCUAACUAUACUCAACACAAACGUUCACUGGGUCUGCUUGGUAUGGGCACAAAGGGGCGUCACAAACUACGAUUCAUUGUAAUUGCACGUUCCACAAAUCGCCCGUUCCUAAGCAAACACAAACAUUCCGAUCUUAACGAAACUCCACGAUCAAAGGACGGUCAUGCUAAUGCUUCGGAAGGCACUCAAGACUAUGAUGCUAUGUUUGGUGCGGACGACGUCGAUCAGGAGAGCAUUAAUCGCAACGAUACUUCUAUGACGGAAGAGGUUUCAAGCCCCGAAAGUAACGAAGUCGUAUCCCCCGCCGCCGAAGCGCAAAACUCCUCGGCCGAAGACGAAGUGUCCUCUUUCCCCGUGCUAGUUUGUUUGACACUGAACGCCGAUGGCACCGCCCCGGACAUCCGCAAACUCGUACCGCUUGAUCAGCUAACAACCGUUCAAGAUUUGCACGCAUCAGUUGUCCAACUAGCGUUUGUCAAUGGCGAUACUGUUCGUUUGGACUUUUCUGAAACAAUGGGAGACGGCAAUAUGGGCAAUUCUCCGACUAGCAUGGAAGACAAAACUGUCGAAGCCACGAUGGAUAAAGAGCGUUUCAUUUGGUCGCUGUUGCAAAUUCAUGCAAUGUUGUGCGUUUCGGUGGUUGAUCGUCUUGCGUCUGCGACCAAUAAAACCCAAAAAAUUUUGCCGCCUCUGAAUGUACGCAAUAUGGACCGCGCAGAACUCCAAUACGUUGCCACGGUCAACGGUUUCUUGCGCAAUUCUCGAAUUUUGUGCGCCAUGCUAGAGCGUCAACGUGGUUUGAUGGAGCUUGAAGGCACCGAGGAAGCCAAGGUGGCUUUGGGUGAAAUGGAAGUCAUAGCGUACGACCUAAUGAUGGGAAAUUUUUCCUCGCGGGUUGAGCUGUUUCAUUCAGAAGGAGAAAAGAAAGAUGCCGAAGAGGUUUUGAACCAAAUCGAUUGGAUAGAAACUUUGCACAAGGAAGAUAUGACUACGGCUAGUGUUGCGGAACGGUUAAGUCUGACGCUGCAAAUUCGUAUGCGGGAUUUGGAAGCCGAAACAUGUCGUCGCUUGAUCGCCUGGGAGGACGAAAAGAACUAUUCAGCGGCUGAAAAGUCUGAUGUUUUUACCCAGACACAUGAUCGAGACACCACAGUCGACGCCUUAGCGUUGGCUUCCCUUUUCAAAACUCUUGAGUCUCUAGAUUCCGAGCUUCGAGAUAUGGAGGAGUGGUUGCAUGAUAGAGCAGCAGCCAUCAAGCCUCUGACCGAUGAUUGUGCAGAUAUUGAGGAAGAAAAUCGCCAGCUUGAACAGCAAUGGAAAAGUUACGACAUGCUUGGAGUGGAAAUGCGACGACUUCUGAAAGGACUUGAUAUCAAUGAAGAAAUGGAAAAGGUCCUCAAGAACCCGGCAAGCGCUCUGGUUUAUGACGAGGAAGGAUUGAUAGACGUCGACGAAAGCGAUGAAGGUAUCGAAACAAUUUAUGAGGCUGGAAAAGCAUUAGAAGAAGCUAUUGAAUAUCCCAAACGAUCCGGUGGUAUCCACCUUCGAGCGGUGGUCGAACGCACGCAAGGAUUAAGAGCGAUUGCGAAAAGCUUUUGCACAGCGUUGGCUCAAAUCGUGGUGACGGUCAUGGAACAAUUCAAGACUGAAGUUGUCGCCGGCAGCGAUUAUGGAAAAGUAUCAAAGAGCGAUACGCACUCCAUGAUUGCCAAAAAGAUUCGCGAUACACAACGAAAGUUUCAGUCGUCGUUGCUGGCAUACAUCAAACUUAUCGAAAUUCUUGCUGCCCUGAGCCCCGAAAUGCUUCCCGCUCUAAGAGACGCCUACUCCGAGCUUGUUGCCGAAGGGUAUUUCCAAGCUCUCCCAGGCAGGAAUGCUGCACAUUUAAACCGAGCUGGCAAAGAUAUCAAAGAUUACAAUCCUAAUGAUACAUCUCCUAUGGAAUCUGUCAAUGCGCCUGACAUCCGUGCUACCUUAAACGAACUCCUUCCCGUCGUUGCUAGGGAAGCCUAUUUUGUGUCUGCGCUAUUCGGCAAUAGUUCGAAAGAGCUGGACGGCCGCGAGAAAAAGCGCAACUUUGAAAAUGCAAGAGACUCGGUCGACAGCGCAACUCACCAUUUUCGCUAUUACCUACUCCGAGCCUGUGGUAUAUAUCCCGACGAGGAGCCCGGACGGCCCGUGGCUGAAAUGGGUGUUCGUGGUGAUCCGCUUCUCUGCCUAGUUGCUUCUAUAUAUUUGAACGAAGCGAUUGACAAUUACGUUGAUCGAGAAAAAAGGGGUGGCGACCAUUCACUAUCACUAGCAUACAUUCGAGCAACAAUCCUUGAUCUGCGGAAGAAGGCCGACAAGCAAUGGGUAGUUUGGGUUGACAUGCAAAAUGAUUGGAUUCGUUCCUAUGACGGCGUCCCAGUCAGUGGCAAACGUGCAGGUGUUUUUCCAAGCUUUGCUCGUUUUCCGUACUAUAUUGACCACCUGAUUCAGUGCUGCUGUGAAGGUCGUGAUGAAGGAUACUUCCCCGAUAUUGGGAACAUAAAAGUGAUCAAUUAUUAUCUGCAGAAGAUGGCUGCUACGCUUAUUGAGAGCCUUCGGGAAUUUGCUUCGCGCGAGUCUACGGACCAACAAUAUGCGUCCAACGUGAUGCUGAUGGAAAACACAUACUACUUUUCUCAAUCAAUGAAGCAACGUGGUGAUGUCAUUUCGAAUUUGUUUGCGAAACAAAUCACUAAAGCAAGCGCCAUGUGUAAGGAGAGUACCGAUGCUUACCUGGGAUGGAUGAUAAAGCGUGAAUUUAUCGCAUUGCAUGAGCUUUUCUCUCGAGUUUCCAAGAUUCAUCGUGAUCACGGUGACCGCGAAGUAUUGGUCCAUGUUCCCAAGGUGCAAUUCGUGAAGACACUGGUGAAGGAAGCUGACCGACAGGUUCUGCGGGAAAGGAUUGGGUUGAUGUUUUCUCGCAUGGAAAAACACCUUUCCGCUGAAGGUGGUCUUUUGCCCGUCGCAUGGAAGGCUCUCGUCAAGGUCUUGUACGAGUGGUUCGGCCGCUGGGAAAAGCUGAGCUCGCAACUAUAUGGUCACCCACUGGAUCCAACUGCCAUCGAUAUAGUUCGCAUUGCCAAGGCAGCCGGUGGCGCUGCAAAGGCCAAGACGCAAACACGGGAUUCCGACUUUGGAUUAAAGUCCAUGUUGGCUCUUCGUAGCGAAACAUAA